AUGUCGAUUGAGGAGGGGGAUGUGCAAAGUUCCAUCGGUAUCCAUGGGAAUAGAGUGAUCGGUACUGAGGUAGGCAACCAUGAGGUCACUAGCACGAUGGAGAUCAAAAGAGGAGGCGUCAAAGAUGGGGCACCUUGGGCGCUGCCUGACAAGGCGACCCAGGUAGAAAUAGGCGACGGCGCCAUGGGCUCCGCUAAGAGGAGGAAAUUGGGGUCGCCGCUGGCUGAAGAAGAAGAGGGUGAGAAACAGGGAGGUGGGAGUUGGGCAUGGCCUGUUCGCGACGGGGUGAGCGCGCCAACCAUUGGGCAUGGUCUCUCCGCAUGGGAGUUGGUUGGGUCAUCCUCGUGGGACGAGCCUAGUGUGGGGUUUGUGGACGCCGGUCAUAGACCUUCGUGA